AUUUAUUUAUUGCAGUGCUGGUGGUGAGGAGGAUAUCUCCACCAAACUCACCCACUUUUAUCAAGUGCUGUGGUAUAUUUUUACAGAGGAAAAUGGCUCAAACCAUUGCACGAACAACGUCCAUCCAUGUUGAGGAAUCCUUAGAAAGCAGAAUGGUGGUUACAUUCCUCAUGUCAGGACUUGAGUCAAUGUGUAAAGAACUUGCCAAGUCCAAGGCAGAAAUUGCCUGUAUUGGUGUAUAUGAAAGACAUGUUUUUGUAGUUGGAACUGAGAGAGGAAAAGCCUUUGUCAACUCUAGGGAAGAGAUUAAGACGGAUUUUAUUGAAUACUGUGUUACAGAAGAGGACAGGGUUGCAGAACUGCAAAUAAAGAAGACUUCACCACCUGUAAACAGACAGACAGUGGAUACUGUGAACGUGGAGGCUCUUAGAAAGUCUGUGGAGGACUUUUUCUGCUUUUGCUAUGGUAAAGCUUUAGGAAAGUCAACGAUGGUAGCUGUGCCAUAUGAAGAGAUUCAGAAGAACCAGUCUGUUGUGAUAGUGCAGGGCCUGCCCCAAGGACUCACCCUUAAACAUCCAGCCAAUUAUGAUGUUUCCACCCUGAAAUGGAUUUUGGAAAACAAAUCAGGGAUCUCAUUUAGUAUCAACAGACCUUUCCUUGAACCAGUGAAACACAUAGGUGCUGAUGUGACAGAUCCUUCAUAUCCUUCACAUCCAGUUAUACCUCCAUGUGGAAGUAGUCCUCCUGUUCAAGUGAAAACAGAACCAAGCAAGGAUUCAGAGACCAGCGAGGAUCUUGGAAUUUCUUCCAAAAUGUCAGCAGUAGCAAUGAAGCAGGAAAGAGAUGAUCCUAGCUACUAUCAGUUUAGUGCUUCAGCAGGCCCUUCCAAAACAUCAGAGAUACAUGAAAAAAUUGCUCCUGAAAGAAGUUAUACAGGUACAUCUUUUGCUUGUAUAUUUUGUCACAUCUGUUUAAGGAAUUGAAUGUGUGAGUUUUGUUUUUCACAGCUUUGCUACUUGAUUUGCCAUAAAACUGAGGGUAUUAGAAUUAAACAUAAACAGAAAUGAAAAAUACAGUUGCUUUAAUUUCCAGCUGUCCAAGUAGAGACACAUGUAGAUGGGAACUUCAUUUCUUCCUUUUCUAAAUUCAAAGAGGAGCAUCAGGUUGAUCACACUAAAGCACUUGUUGUUUCUGUGAUUUGGUAUAUUUCUCAAGAAAUUCAGUCUGUUUCAUAAUGGCUUAUAAGGUUUAAUAUAACUCUUCUUUAUGAAUUGUGAGUGCAACUUAACUGUUUCUUUCAGUUUAGUGUGAAGUGAAUGAGCAACUAAAGAAAAAAAUGAAUGGAAAGCAGUUUUAGUGGAAGCAGUUCCUUACAGAAGCUCUGUAGUAGCUGAAAUGUCUUUACAAAAGAAGUGUGCACUUUGUACAACUCUUUACAUUAAAAACACUAGCUAGUCCAUUUGCAAAGACUAGAAGAUAUUAACUGGCAUUUAACACCAUGAAUUUUGUCAUAAGGUCUAAAAGUUAUUUUACCAUGAAUUUCUAAGAUACAAAAAAAAAGCCUUCUGAGUGUUGCUGAUGUGAACAAAAUAAUGAUGAAAUUUCUCCUGUGAAAAUCUUUAUUUUAAAUAAUAAAGAUUAAAAAUAGUUUAAAAUUU